AUGGAUCCCCUCGAGGCCCGGCAGCUGAUACCAGCAACGUCCGACGACGAAGGGCGGACCUCGCGGGCACGCCUCUGUCAGGCCGUCAACUUACCUGCUAAUGGCGCCCUUGUCAUGUCCAAUGGCGAGGUCAUCACCUUGACAGCCCCGGCUGCCUUUAAACCUGCAUGUGCGCCCAAUACCACGCCCGCCAUCGUCGCUGGUCCCGGUGGCACCACUGGGGCGGGCGUUGAUGACGCGGCUCAAGUCGGUCCACAGUUUUCUGACCUGAGUGAUCCAUUCUACGCAUCAACUUUCCCGCAAUGUUACGCGCUUGCCGCUACUACCGUCAUCUCAUACACACUGGUAAUAAUGUUGGUCAUUACCCCUCGAUCUUUCCUGGACGGUGGAAUUGUUGUGCUUGGCCGUCGAGGCUUCACGAGCGGUGGUUCUGGGCACGGAAUCAUCGGCGGUCGCCCCUGGCUUCAGAAAGUUGCGGCCCUCACGGUUGCGAUAUCCCUCACCAUCGCGACCGCCGACACUUUCAAAGUGGCGGAGCAGCAGUACGCCUUUGGCCUUCAAAAUGCCCGAGAGCUUCAGGACAAGGUUCUCAACGGUACCGAACUCAAGAUCAUCCGCAUAAUUUCGGACACAUUCUUGUGGCUCGCACAAGCUCAGACCUUGAUUCGCUUAUUUCCUCGACAAAGGGAAAAGGUCAUCAUCAAGUGGACCGCCUUUGCACUCAUCACGUUUGACCUGAUAUUUGAUUCUCUUAACAGCUUUCAGUUUCCCGGCCCCGGGAACUCAAGGCCUGGAAGCUUCACCGACGCAAUUCCUGCGCUUAGCUACCUGUUUCAGCUUGCUCUAGGCGUUCUAUAUGCCGCAUGGGUGAUUUAUUAUUCUUUGAUGAAGAAGAAGUAUGCCUAUUAUCAUCCUCAGAUGAAGAACAUAUGCUUCGUUGCAGGGCUUUCACUUCUCAGCAUCCUUGUUCCUGUCGUUUUCUUCAUCUUGGAUAUCUCAAAGCCAGAAUUCACUGGCUGGGGUGACUAUGUACGGUGGGUGGGAGCAGCGGCGGCGAGUGUUAUUGUUUGGGAGUGGGUUGAGCGCAUCGAGGCGUUGGAAAGGGAAGAGAAGCGGAACGGCAUUUUGGGUAGAGAAGUCUUUGACGGCGAUGAGAUGUUGGAGACGGACUCCGAUGCGACGUGGCCUCAAAGAAGUCGGGCUACAAAAGGCUCUCACGGCGACGGCGAUGACGACGAUGAUGAUGGAGAGGGCGGUCGUCGCAUUGCCGUUGGUGAUGGUGCUGGCCGUCGACGGGCUAGAAGAGCCAAUGGGUCCCACGACAGAUUUGCAGCCGACUCUGGGCGUGGAAGGAAUCAUGCACAACUGUGGACAUCAAUCACCAGCCGAUACAGAUCACGGCCAAACAACGGGGCCGACGUAUCUACGGCUGAGAAGGACAACAUCCGCCAAACAUCUAAGAAUGUCAGGCCAGCGGCUGCGAGAUUUCUUCAGCCUCCUUUGUGGCCAGCAAGGCCACCGCCGGCGGCCACACCUGUCAGCAGGACUGAUACUGCCAGCGCCGAUAGCACAGUGUACGCAAUCCGAUAUCAUCCACUAACCGAUGUGCACUCGAGGACGACCACGCGGCCGACACCGCCGCCGCAGCUCUCCACAGAGCGUCAGCCUGCAGUGGGAGACGUUUCCAGCACGAAUGCAGCCGUUGAAGAUGGCAGAUCUCAUGACCAACCUUCGGGGUCUCAGUCCGCCUCACCAUCGCCGCCACGAGAUCAGCAAUCGCCAGGCCCGCAAAACCUCGUUGCUCUCAGCAGAGAGGAGACUAGACGGGAACGAAGGCAAAGCUUGGCUACUACUUCGAGGACAGGUACCCGGGCCGGGGCUGACUCGGAAGAACCAUCGGCAUCAUCCCAGCAAGGCGGAGAAAGUAGCCGCGGCUCAGAAAGUACAGCAACGAAAGGAUGGCGUGUUUUGACUCAAACGUUACCGUUCCGCGGCGGAAGCACACGCUCGGCUGAGGACUCAUCUGAUAGCCAAUCGACUGCUAGCAAAUCUCGAUCAAAACUGCAGGUAUCACGAGAAGGAAAAUCUGACAGGUGGGAUAUACGAAAUCGUAUGGAAGACUUUGCUGUCACUCAAGCAGAGCGAAUUCGGGAGAGGAUCCGGCCGACGCCAGACACGGACAGCCUUCCCGUUACAGUGAUUCCCGCCCCGGCGAGGCGAGGAGCGGCGCUGGCCCAGCUCCUCGAGGAGGACGAAUCGCGACAGGGUUCGGGGCGGGCCCAGCCUCAAGAUGACGAAAGACCGAUUCUUGCAUCACCGACAUUGCCAAGCUCUAGUCAAAGACGAAACAGUAUAGGACCAGAGCCUUUAUCAUCGAACGAUGAUCUAUCAGAUUGGCACAUCCCACCUCCGGCGGUGGUGCGGGCUGCAUCUCGAGCCAACAUAAGUCGCUCGACUACAAGAGAUGGGCCGCCAGAGCCUUGA